GCGUAGCUCUACAGAACGCCAUUAGCAGUCCAACUCCCAUAGUCAUCCCAGCACCUCGAUUUGCGUGCCCACCUCAAACUCGUAUAUAAAUAGCCACAUAACACACUGACAAAUCAUACCAAUACUGGAUAAGAUCAUUUCGCAUAGAUCAAUUUUUCUUCUAAUUCACAAUCACCAUGCCUGCUAAGUCAUCAAAAUAUCAAGAUGAUCAGUCUAAGGAUGCACGGUCAUCCUAUUUUAAUAAGCCAGCUUUGGAUGUUUCUAUUGCAUUUCCGCAAGCCACACCAGCAUCCAUCUUUCCUCCUGCUGUUUCUGACUACUACCACUUCAACGAUCUUUUGACUCCCGAGGAACAAGCCAUUAGAAUAAAAGUCAGAGAGUGCAUGGAGAAAGAAGUUGCUCCAAUAAUGACCAAGUACUGGGAGAAGGCAGAAUUCCCAUUUGAAGUUGUCCCAAAACUUGGUGCACUAUGUAUUGCUGGAGGAACAAUCAAGGGCUUUGAUUGUCCAGGUCUUUCCAUUACUGGAAGUGCUAUAGCAACAGCAGAAGUGGCAAGAGUUGACGCAAGUUGCUCAACUUUUAUCUUAGUGCAUUCUUCUUUAGCAAUGCUCACUAUUGGAAUGUGUGGAUCAUCAGCACAAAAGGAGAAAUAUUUGCCCUCACUAGCCAAACUAAAAACAAUAGGCUGUUGGGCUUUAACUGAACCAGACUAUGGGAGUGAUGCAAGCUCCUUAAAAACAACCGCCACAAAGGUUGAAGGUGGUUGGAUUCUUGAAGGCCAAAAGCGAUGGAUAGGAAAUAGCACUUUUGCAGAUAUUCUGGUUAUUUUUGCCAGGAACACAUCUACCAACCAGAUUAAUGGUUUUUUGGUGAUGAAGGAUGCUCCUGGGCUUCAAGCUACUAAAAUUGAAAACAAAAUUGGUCUGCGAAUGGUUCAAAAUGGAGAUAUUCUCUUAAGAAAAGUUUUUGUCCCUGAUGAAGACAGAUUACCUGGUGUCGAUUCUUUUCAGGACACAAACAAGGUACUUGCUGUUUCACGAGUAAUGGUUGCCUGGCAACCUAUUGGAAUCGCAAUGGGUGUCUAUGAUAUGUGCCAUAGGUACUUGAACGAGAGGAAGCAAUUUGGAGCUCCAUUGGCAGCUUUCCAAAUAAACCAACAGAAACUAGUACACAUGUUGGGUAAUGUUCAAGCAAUGGUCCUUAUUGGUUGGCGCCUUUGCAAGCUGUAUGAGGCAGGGAAAAUGACUAUUGGACAGGCUGGUUUGGGAAAGUCAUGGAUUACUGUGAAGGCAAGGGAGGUGGUUUCCCUUGGAAGAGAAUUACUUGGCGGCAAUGGGAUCUUGGCCGACUUUCUAGUUGCAAAGGCAUUCUGUGACUUGGAACCUAUCUAUACGUACGAAGGCACAUAUGAAAUCAACUCCUUGGUCACAGGUAGAGAAAUCACCGGCAUUGCUAGUUUCAAGCCAGCUGUAUCACGUAGCCGCAUGUAAUAAAUUAUUAAUGUAAACCCGGAGCAAUAGAUAAUAUCGAUGUCUUGCAACUAUAUAGAUCUGUCAGUUGAAUAUGUUACAAAAAAUAAUUGUUACUGCCAUCUUCAAUUGAAAUAUAGGUAGAUUAGCAGGACAACUAUACUACUCUGAAUUCAGAAUGUGUAAACAUUUGUGGGAUGCUUUUAAUUUCGGGUAUUUGUUUUCCAUA